AUGCGCCUUUGGAGACUCCAGAAGCCAUUGGACGAGUUGAACGACAUGGAGGCGUUCUCAAAGCUAUGGUACGAGGCACUCCGCGACAGGUCCUUCAAAGCGGUGGCCGUUUGCAUGGUGGACGGAGGGCCAGAGUACGAGGUCUCUUUGAAGGGCACCGCCGCACCGUGCAAGUACAGCUUGGACAGGAACGACCUGGAUUUCGGCGACAUUCCGUUCACGGAGGUGGGUGAGUCGGAGAUCUACUUGUCGAAUCGCGGCCAGGUGGCGGCCAGCUUCAACUUUAACCUCGCCGGCAUUUCGCGACCGUUCGUGGUCGACGUGGUGCCGAACAACGGCAUCCUCAAGCCAGAGGAGCGUCUCAAGGUCGUUGUGCGCUUCAGGGCGGGUAUCCCCGACCUCGUGGUGGAGACAGUUCUCGUUGAGGUGGCUCAUUUCGAGCCCGUGACUCUCACGGUGCGUGCAGGGGUUCUGCAGGAGAGGGCCCCAGAUGUCGUGCUGCAGUUUGCUGAUGUUUCUGUCACUUUGGAUGACUCUGGCCUGCCUAAGCUGGAGGCCAUUGUUGAGUCUCUUGUGAAUUCGGUUACGUGGAAAUGUCUCAUUGAUCAUUGGCAAAAGGGCAAGCACUUUGUUCUCCCUUUUGAUGUCACUGCUCGGGACGGCUACGUCGGACCUAUGGGUAGGUCUACCCUAGGCCUACGGGUAGCCUAUGUACAGGCCUACGUAGAGGCUAUGCGAGGCUACCUAAGGCUGCCGGCAGGCCUAUCCGUAGGCCUACGGGUAGGCUACCGGCAGGCCUACCCGCCUACGGGUAGGCUACCGGUAGGCCUACCCGCAGGCCUACGGGUAGGCGACCGGACUCGAGAAACGACGAAAGCACCCGUCAAACUGCCUACCGCUAGCCUACCCGUAGGCCUGCGGAUAGGCCUGCGACCAGGCCUACCGGUAGCAUACCUACACGCCUAUGGGCAGGCCUACCGGCCUAUACGGGUAGGCCUACGCGUAGGCUGCCCGUGGCCCUUUGAUACGUUUACGGGUAGGCCACACGAGGGCCUACGGAUAGGCCUACGCGUAGGCUGCCGCAGACUCUACCGACAGGCCUACGCGUAG